CUUCAAACACUUCUUGCAUUUAAAUGUAGCUUAAAAUAAAACAAUCAUUUUGAGUGUAAAAAUUUACAUUUAAAGUUAAAAUACGCUUGUGUUUUAAAUUCAUUCCCGCUAUGAAAGAUUUUUGUCUUAAAUCCAAAAAAAAAGAACUGAUUUUUUUUUUGUUUUAAAACACUUAUCGUUAUUUAAAUCAAACAAAUGAACAUAUAUAAAAAGCCUCUUCUCAAGAAAGUAUCAGUUAGUUAUUCAACUUAAUACUUCUUAUAGAACAAUGGCACGUAAAUUAUUUGUCUUAUCUUUAGCAGCAGCACUAUUAGCUCUUGUAUCAGCACUCUCUUCUCCUUUAGGUUCCAAUAAUAACGCUGCAGGUGUAGCUCAUUAUGACAAGUCCGCUUCCAAGUCCGCUACUACCACCACCAAAAAGUCAAAGAAGGAAGCUAAGAAAUCCUCUAAAGAAGCUGCCAAGAAGUCAAGAAAGGAAGCUAAGAAAUCCUCUAAAGAAGCUGCCAAGAAGUCAAGAAAGGAAGCUAAGAAAUCCUCUAAAGAAGCCGCCAAGAAGUCAAGAAAGGAAGCUAAGAAAUCCUCUAAAGAAGCCGCCAAAAAGUCAAAGAAGGAAGCUAAGAAAUCCUCUAAAGAAGCCGCCAAAAAGUCAAGAAAGGAAGCUAAAAAGGGCCAUAAAAAAGACCAUGACAAGAAAGCUGCUAAAAAGGGCCAUAAAAAAGCCCAUGACAAGAAAGCUGCUGAAAAGGUAAAGAAAGCUGAUAAGAAAGAUAAGAAGCACAAUCACAAGCACAAGCACCAUAAGCAUUAA